UGUAAUUUUUCUUUCUUAUGCUCUUUUCCUCACACCCACCCCAUAUUUGAUAUCUAUCUCUCUAUCUAUUCUAUUUUAUUUUUAUUAUUAUUGCAACCAAAAAAAAAAAAAACUUUCUUUCUUUCUUUCCCAUCUGAAGACACACAAAAGAGAUUCAGGAAAAGCUUCAGCUUUUAGGGUUCUCUGCUUCAGAUUUUUCCCUUUUUUCUCCUCUCCAAUUUUUGCUAAACUAUAAAUUUGCGACUUUUCAGUAGAUCUUUGUCAUCUCUGUCCUCCUCUGAGGUUUUUGAGGCACACUCUGAGAGUCUGAAGAACUGUGGUUCCUCUAAGAAGCUAAUUUUGGUUAGAGUGGUCUGUUGUUUUGCUAGAAGUUUGGAAACUUGGAAAAGGAAGUUUUUGAUUGGCUGAGGAAAGCAGUCAUUUUGAAUCAUGGGCUACUUGUGUGAUUACUGUGGGGAUCAAAGGUCCAUGGUAUAUUGUCGGUCUGAUGCUGCAUGCUUGUGUUUAUCAUGUGAUCGAAAUGUCCACUCUGCUAAUAUUCUCUCAAAGCGUCACUCGAGAACUCUAAUAUGUGAAAGAUGCCAUUCCCAACCGGCAUUAGUGAGAUGCGCAGAAGAGAGAGUUUCUCUCUGUCAGAAUUGUGAUUGGAUGGGCCAUGGUGCAUCUACUUCAUCUUCAACACACAAGAGGCAAACAAUCAGAUCCUACUCUGGCUGCCCCUCGGCUGCAGAACUCUCUUCCAUCUGGUCCUCCAUUUUAGAUUCCCCUACUGGGGGAGAAUCUACUUGUGAGCAAGAAAUGGGUUUGAUGAGCAUCAAUGAGAAUAGCUCUGGAAAUGACCCUGGACCUUCCGAAAAUGCUUCUGGUUCGGUUGGAGUAAAUAGUGUGACAAGCAUGGCUAAGGCUAGUGUUUGGCCGAGCUCUUCUUCAGUGCCUGAGAUUAAUGCUGCAUCCCAAGUUCUCGACCUUCCAGAUGAAUCUGAAAAUGCAACUUUUCCCAAGUUAAGCUUUCCUGGAAUCAAAGGCCCUGCUCUUAGUGCAAAUGAUGAUCUUUAUGCGGAUUUAGACAUGGAUGAGGUGGACCUGAAUUUUGAAAACUACGAGGAGCUAUUUGGGGUAGCUCUAAAUAACUCAGAAGAGCUUUUUGAGAAUGGAGGUAUUGAUAGCUUAUUCGAAGCAACUGAAAUGUCUGGUGCCGACUCCAAUUGUCAGAGUGCAGUUGCUGCUGAGGGAUCAGUUGGACAGGUAAAUGCAAUGCCAGCAUGCAGCAAUGCCGCAUCUGCUGAUUCUGCAAUGAGUACUAAAACAGAACCACUUCUUUGCUUCGCUAGGCAGCAGUCAAGCCUUUCAUUUUCAGGCCCAAAUGGGGAAACGACUGCUGGAGAUUAUCAGGAUUGUGGAGCUUCUUCAAUGCUUCUCUUGGGGGAACCUCCAUGGUGUCCUCCAAGCCAGGAUGCUUCUCUCCAGUCAGCCAAUCGAAAUGAUGCUGUUAUGCGAUACAAGGAAAAGAAGAAGAUGCGCAAGUUUGAUAAAAGGGUGAGGUAUGCUUCUCGGAAGGCGAGGGCUGAUGUAAGAAAGAGAGUGAAGGGGCGCUUUGUGAAAGCCGGUGAUGUCUAUGAUUACGAUCCUUUAAACCAAACCAGAAGCUGCUGAGUACAGAUACUUUAUAAAGGAAAGAAAGAAACUCUUGCUGUUUGAAUGGAAACAAUCAUACCUAAACAAUGGAUGAAAUUGAUGCAUUUUUUCCUUGUGCGUGACAAGCUGUGUAAUGUAUCACAGGGUCCUUGAUUUUCUCCAAUUGGCAAAAAAAAGGUGGACGUGAAUGUAGAAAGCCUGUUCUGAUGUCUCACCAAUAAUUUGGACAAGCCGAUGUUUGAUUCUAUAUCUCCAUAAAAGAUCUGAUGAUUGCCUACAUGAUCCAACCAGAUUGGUUGUCCUUGCCUUGUUUAGGCUAUGACCUUUAUUUCCUCUGUAUCUCUGGGCAACUUCAUCUUCAUUAUCUGAUUCAUACUCUUCACAAAAAAAAAAAAGGAGAGUCAUUAUUGAUCUCUCUUUUCCCAUAAUUAUGCACCAUUAUACAUAUUCAUUAUCUCAACUAAAUAAUCCUCCUCCACCAGUCAGUCAAAGUCAGUCAUAUACAUAAAAAGAUGAGGCUGCAAAGGCAUCAUGAGUAGCUGAACUCACAAUGGCCUUGUCCUCCGGAAGGCUUGGGGUUUGUAGUAUUGUCCUUUUUCCUUUUUUGUUUCAUUUGGGUCUUGACAUCUAUGACAUGUAUAGUUACAGGAUCUUUAUGUAUGUAGUAGAGGAUAUAAGAUGUUCGGGCUGAAAUCGCUGCAGGGUCAGACUUUGAACUUGCAGUUGUAAAUAUUUUGUUCUCCUUCUUUUGCAUGGGCAUGUAUAGCACAUGAUGAUUUCAUAUGCGGUUUAAAGAGGAUAGUAAUUUUUUAUACUAAUGGUCAUGAUCAUCUCUAGUUGUAUC